AAGCAUCCACGCUCUUCCACUGACUGGUCAACUUCAAAACAGCCUUUCCUACCUUGAACCUCUCAUUGAGGUGGUAAGCCUGAUCCGUAGUUGGCCUUUUCGUAUCUCAUGAAUAUGCUGUCAUUGACGUUGAGGCAAGUUGCACGGACACUGUCCCAGCGUUCACCGGUGGCCCUCAGCAGCGUGGGGGCGAGGAGGGCUCAGCAUGCAGCUACCCGUAAUGUGGAGCACGAAGCUCAAUGGACAGGGCAGGACAGUCUGGCCCAGGAUGACCCGGAGAUCUGGGACCUGCUGCGGAAAGAGAAGGACAGACAAUGCCGUGGACUGGAGCUCAUUGCAUCUGAGAACUUCUGCAGCCGUGCUGCCCUCGAGGCUCAGGGAUCCUGUCUAAAUAACAAGUAUUCAGAGGGAUACCCAGGCAGAAGGUAUUACGGCGGUGCUGAAGUGGUGGACCAGAUUGAGCUGCUAUGUCAGAAGAGAGCGCUGGAGGCCUUUGACCUGGACCCCGUCUUAUGGGGCGUAAAUGUCCAACCCUACUCCGGCUCUCCGGCCAACUUUGCUGCCUACACUGCUGUCCUGAACCCCCACGACCGCAUCAUGGGCCUGGACCUGCCUGAUGGUGGACACCUGACCCAUGGCUACAUGUCAGACACCAAAAGGAUCUCCGCUACCUCCAUCUAUUUUGAGUCCAUGCCCUACAAGCUCAAUCCGGCCACAGGACUUAUUGACUACGACCAGCUGGAGAUGACUGCCCGUCUCUUCCGACCCAAGUUGAUCAUCGCAGGCACCAGCGCCUAUGCACGCCUCAUUGACUACGCACGCAUCAAGAAGUUGUGUGUAGAGGUAAAGGCCUACCUGCUGGCAGACAUGGCCCACAUCAGUGGGUUAGUGGCUGCAAAGGCUGUGCCCUCUCCCUUCGAGCACGCUGACAUGGUCACCACCACCACACACAAAUCUCUCAGGGGAGCCAGGGCUGGCCUGAUCUUCUACCGUAAGGGUGUGCGCUCUGUGGACAAGAAGGGGAAGGAGAUCCAUUAUGACCUGGAGGACCGUGUCAAUUUCUCUGUGUUUCCCUCUCUGCAAGGGGGGCCCCACAACCACGCCAUCGCUGGGGUAGCUGUCGCACUCAAGCAGGCCCAGACGCCAAUGUUCAGAGAGUACAUUAGCCAGGUGAUGCGCAAUGCCAAGGCCAUGGCGGAUGCCCUGUUAAGCAAAGGAUACACACUAGUGUCUGGAGGGACUGAGAAUCACCUGGUGCUGGUGGAUUUGAGGCCAAAGGGCAUUGAUGGGGCCAGAGCAGAAAGAGUCCUGGAGCUGGUGUCCAUCACAGCUAACAAGAACACCUGUCCUGGGGACAAGAGUGCACUGGCACCUGGAGGCCUCAGGCUAGGUGCCCCAGCAUUGACCUCGAGACAGUUCAAGGAGGCAGACUUUGUCCAAGUGGUGGAGUUCAUGGAUGAAGGGUUCAAGAUUGCACUCGACGCCAAGAAAAAGACUGGGAAACUCGCAGACUUCAAGAACUUUCUACUGGAGGAUCCAGAGACUGUGGCCCGCAUGGCAGACCUGAGGAAAAGAGUUGAGGCUUUUGCAAGACCCUUCCCAAUGCCUGGCUUCAAUGAUCACUAGACCGUUCACAACCAGAGAAGUGGGUACCCCCAAAAUGGCAACAUCUUCUCCAUGAAGGACACUACUUUGGACCCUGGUCAAAACUAGUCCACUUCAUAGGGAAUACGGUGCUGUUUCCGAACAUGGACAACUGGAUAUGAGUGGUGAUUGGUUGACAAGGGGAGGUCAAUGCUGCCUGGUGGUGAGCGAUUGGAAGGACAAUCGGGUAGAACCUUAGACUUUCCCUGUUAGCAAAUCAGACGGCUCAGACUCAACAUCAUUUGUGGACUUCUGGUCUAACAUUAGGGUGGCUGUUGAAUUUGGUGUCAUCCUUUGGAUCUACAAUAACCGUUUUUCACAAUUAUUUCCUUUUUAACAAAAAAGAUCAGUGUUUUCCCGAAAGUGUGCGAUUGUCUUCACUUUGUCAACAUUGUUGUGUAUAAAGAAAAAAACAUGACGUUGCUCCAGCAAGAAAAUCCAAAUUCGUCUGUGGUAUUUGCAAUCACCACAUCAACUUUGAUCAAAUAAUUAGAAGCAGUCUUAAAUUAGGUUGUAACACAUUGUCUUAACAAUAUGGUAGCUAGAUUAUGUUUCUAAUGGAGAUUUAAUCAUAAUUUUUGUACUACCCUGUACUGUUAAAUGUGUGCAUAACCAUCGCCAUUCAAAGUCAUGUUACGCAGACCUGGGUUGAAAUCCUUUGAGCAGUAGUCUGAUUGUGGUGCUAGCCUGGUUAGCAGUUUUGACUUCCAUCGGUCCAUGAAGCCAGACAGGCACUGUCUGUGCAGGUUUUGUGUAUUGAACCCAACUAGGAUCUACGGAUCUAGGGGCACGUUAGCUCUAUAAAGGGCCUUUCCCCUAUUCUGACAUGGGCCUCACUAUGAUCACUCAGACCCUGAUCUUAGAGAGUUAACUUUCUGACCAAUCCUGUAGGUUUUAAAUUAAACCCUGGUUACAGUAAACCCGAUUCAGCUUUUUAACCUGCUGGUUAUUACAAUCGGUUGUGCGUAAUUAUGAAAUGGAUGUUAGGAUUCAUCCCAUAGUCCAUAUGUAAUUUUGGUUAUUUUUAAAAGAGAAAUGAGAAAAGAAAAUGACAAUGCAAUUAAGAUCAUAAAUUUUUUCUACUGCUGGCAAGUGUUUACAAAGAUUUUUUUUUUUGUAUGUAUUGUUACUUAACAAAAUAAAAUAAUCCUUAAUUUCCAACAUU